ACACUCUCUCUCUCUCUCUCUCUCGAGAUCUUCUGUGUCGCAAGGAAGAAGAAAAACCCAAACAACAAAUUCGAUAUCGACCCGGAAUGGCGACGCCGCUGGAUGCCGCCGGAGGCCCGAUCCCGACGUCGGCGGCGCUGACGGCGUCGUCGAAGCACAUCGGGGCGAGCUGCCGGUCGGAGAACGUGGCCUUCCUCAAGUGCAAGCAGAAGGACCCGAACCCCGAGAGGUGCCUCGAGAAAGGCCAGCAAGUCACCCGCUGCGUGCUUCAUCUACUGAAAGAUCUUCACCAGAGGUGUACAAAAGAGAUGGAUGCUUAUGUUGGUUGCAUGUAUUACCACACAAACGAGUUCGAUUUAUGCCGCAAAGAGCAGCAAGCCUUUGAAAAGGCAUGCCCGUUGUAAUUAAAAGGGGGGUUCAGUACCUCAAAGUCUCGACUCUUUAAUAACUUAGAGCAGCUUGCAAGGAGCAGAUGCUGCUGUGGUUCAAACUGUGUCUUGAAUGUUGUCAAGAUGUUGCGCUUGAACAGCUCAAGUUAGUCUUUUUUGAAAUGUCUGAGAGCAAUAAGUCUACUCCUUUGCGCUUAACUACUGAUGAACGCGUUCCUUGUUGAAA